AAUUAAUUAAAGUGGUAAUAUUUGUAAAACAUUUGAACGCGUUCAAUUAAUAUUUAAUUUAGACGCAAUAAAAGUGGAACUGUGUUUUGGUCACUGUUUGCAUAUAGCACAUAGCAAUUUAUGUUCCAACUGUCGGCUGAUAACUUUGUUAUAGUUAAGUUACUGAUAAAUAAUCAUGUCCGCGACACAAAAGGAAGCGGUGAUUAAAGGGAAGAAAAACAAAACGGAAAAAUCGAAGAAAACAGAUCUUGGUGAAAAUUUUGUUGCUCCUGAUGGUGGUUGGGGAUGGAUUAUUGUGAUGGCUGCUGGUUUUUCUAAUUUUUGUAUAUUUCCAGUAUUACAAUCUUUCGGGUUGAUAUUUAGAGACAGAUUCGCGGAAUUGGGAAUCAGUUCUACUCAAACAACUACGAUAUUAAACAUAAAUAGCACAGUAAUGUCUUGCAUCGGUUUAGCUAAUGGUCCUUUGUUUCGAAAAUUCAGCUAUAGACAAGUAUCGUUCGUUGGGGCUCUUAUUUGCGCUGUUUCAAUUACGAUUUUAUCAACAACGACAAGCUUCAGCGCAUGUUUAAUAUUCUUUUCGAUUUUGUACGGUGCUGGAAUUGGUAUCGCGAUGUCGGCGAACUCGUUAGCUUUAAAUACUUAUUUUAAGAAAAAAAGAAGAAUUGCCAUUGGUCUCAGUUGGACGUGUACUGGCAUGGGACCCAUAGUGAUGCCACAAAUAAUUACACAAUUGAUACCUGCGUACGGAGUAAAAGGUACCGUUCUCAUUUUUGGAGCUGUAGCUUUUAAUGCUGUUGCUUGUGCACUUUUAUUGCAACCAGUUCAGUGGCAUGUAAAAAAGGAGGAAGAUACGAAAAUCGAUAACGGCGUGGUUGUGGAAUGUCAAGCAUUACCGACACCUGGUCAGAAUGUCACAGAAACUGCUUGUGAAAGUAAUGAAAAUACUGUUCCAAGUAAAUCAUUGGAAAAUAUUAGCAAAAAUAUUUACAGUAAUUUAAGUGUCUGGAAACAAAAGUUUGGAAGUCAAUAUUUGUAUUAUGAUGACAAAGAAGAAGGACCUUCCGGUAUAGAUUUGGUGGAGCCUGGAACACCUAUGAUGUCACGAUCUAACGAUGGAUGGUUUUCGAGAAGACAUACUUCUACUCCAUCUAUAAUAUCUAGAGUAUCGAGGAAAGAGAAUUCAUUAAAAAAUUCAAGGCUGUCUAUAAAUUUAAGUAGACAAUCCAGUCUCAACGCAGGAUGGUCGGUAAGGAAUGUUUCUAGACAAGAUAACGGAUCAGAGAAAAAUCAAAGAAGGAUUUCAACUUAUCAACAACCCAUAAGUCCAUUGAUAAUUGUGAAAGAAUCGAACGAACUUGUAGAAGAAUCUAAUGGACAAGUUAAAAGUUCUAAUGGUAUUAAUAAAUCGGAACAAAAAGAAAUAAUUGCUGAAACUGAUAAAUUGAUACAAAACGAAUGCACUGAAGAGGAAAAGAAGAAAACUUUCCUAGAAGCAUUAAUAAUAUUCUUUGAUCUGGAUCUCUUGCGCGAUCUUGUUUAUGUGAACAUACUUUUGGGGGUGACGUUUGCCAACUUCACGGAAUUGAAUUUUUCUCUGAUGACACCGUUUAUAUUGAGCGAUUAUGGAUACUCGAAAGUUCAAAUUGCAUCCUUUAUGUCGAUCCUGGGCGGAGUAGACGUUGGCGCCAGAUUGAUUAUUUCCUUCGUCGCCGAUUUCAUUGGAUUGCAGAAUAGAACAUUUUAUUUACUGGGUAUCUGUAUGAUAGGAGUUGGUCGUAUCGUGCUGGCACACGUAGGGGACUUCCAAGUUAGUUUAGCAAUAGCCGUUUUAAUUGGCAUUGGAAAAGCUUUGCGAACAAUUUUCGUGGCUCUGGUGAUUUCGAGUCACGUUCCAUUAUCUAGGCUACCAGGUGCGACUGGUCUUCAAUUAUUAACCAACGGUAUACUUUUCUUGACACUGGGACCAGUCGUCGGUUGGAUCAGAGACGCAACGUCGAAUUACAUGCUAAUGCUUCAUUUUAUCAACGUUUUCACGUUUCUCACCACACUCUCGUGGUUGCUUGAGAUGUAUAUCACGAAGAGAAGAUCGAAAAAGUUGGCGGAUGUGGAAAAAACAUCCGAAAAAUUAAAUUGUUCCUACGAACUUUGCAAUAAAGAUGACAAAUAGAUUUAUGCUUAUUUGUAAUUAAAAAUA